UGCAACUCCGAUCCAGUAGUGUUCCUUGUGCAUAUAUACACACCAGUACACUGUCCUAGUGAACUCCCCGAAGUGAGUAUACUUUGCCAUCGGCAAGGUCGCAGUUCUCAAUUAACUAGCUUCGAUUUGCGUCUUCUACCCAAAGAGCAGCUGCCAUGACGAUCGUGGAGAUGCGUGUGAACAUCGACUGCGACGGCUGCGAGGGCAAGGUCAGGAGGUCCCUGGAAAAGCUUGAAGGAGUGCACAGCGUGAGCAUAGACAGGAUGCACGGCAAGGUGACGGUGAUGGGGUCGGUGAGCCAGAAGAAGGUGCUCCGCGCGGCGCGGCGCUCCGGCAGGCUCGCCGUGCUGUGGCCGUCCGCCUACAACAACCCGGCGUACCACCACGCCUACGCGCAGCCGGCGGCGGCCUACUACCCCAACCAUUACCAGGCCAAGCCCGCGCAGGCGCUGGCGCAGCACCACCACUACUUCAGCAGCGUGCCGCGCGGCGGCGUCUCGUCGGCGGCCAGGAUGCCGGUGGCGCAGUACCCCCAGGGCAAGGCCAGCUCGUACAACUACCACGUGCACGGGUACUACGACUCUGAGCUCUACGGGAACUACCACGAGCAGCCCGGCGUCGUGCCGGCCGCCGUGCGGAACUACUUCAGCGAUGAGAACCCGACUGGUGCUUGCUCGAUCAUGUGAUGUGAUCGUGAUCGGUCGCUCCGCGUCUGAUUGAUUCACCGCCGGCCUCUGCUGUGUCUUGUACAGGAGUACUUUAAAUUUUGUCGGGGAAGAAGACGCGUGGUGAUGUAAAUUUCAAAGGUCAUGCUACAUAUUUGACUUGUUCCCUGCAAUAGUGCAAGUGCGAGCUCAGUGGGUUCAAUGUUUCAGAUCAGUCCCACACCAGCUCUGUUUCGUUUUCGGUUAUUAGUUGGGCUGGUCUGGUUGGUUGGCUCUGUGCCUGGUUUGGGUUACAGCCCAGAGGCCUAUAUCCAUUCGUUGGACUUAGAGACGCACACACACCGUUCUUUUUUGGGAUUGUUUGACACAGUAUCAAUAAAAAAGAAUCAUCUACCCCAUUA